UUUCGCCGCUAGAGGAACUUCCGGAUAAAAUUUGUGUAUCGCUCUUGCGUGUUGAUCGGGAGUUCGGGAGUUCUUCACGCCACAACCAAGAUGUCGACACAUAAGAAGAAGACGAGGAAGCUCCGUGGACACGUAAGCCACGGUCAUGGUCGUAUCGGCAAGCACAGAAAGCAUCCCGGUGGUCGCGGUAACGCCGGAGGUCUUCACCAUCAUCGAAUUAAUUUCGACAAAUACCAUCCUGGAUACUUUGGAAAGCUCGGUAUGAGGAACUACCAUUUGCGUAAAAACACUAAAUGGUGCCCAUCCCUCAACCUGGACAAACUCUGGACACUCGUUUCUGAACAGACGAGGCUAAAGUACAAAGAUGCUCCCAACGGCAAAGCCCCAGUUAUUGAUCUGGUUAAAGCUGGUUAUUACAAGCUUUUGGGUAAGGGACGUCUUCCCAAGCAACCUGUAAUUGUAAAAGCCAAAUUCUUCAGCAAACUUGCAGAAGAUAAGAUCAAGGCUGUUGGAGGUGCCUGUGUUCUUUCUGCAUAAAUCUUGUGUCGAUCCUGUGUGGCCACUUUUCUUACGGAUUACAAGAACUGAUCCGGGACGUUGAGUACAAUUGUCAACCUUGUACAAUUCUAUAAUAAAAUUGAAAAAAAAUGUA